CCAAGAAUUUUCAAAAGAAGGCGCGAAACCAAGUCACCGCACGGAACCGCCAUGCAACUUCCUCUCUCAUCAGAUCUCAGUGCCUGAUGCAUUAUAUAUACCCACGACCCAUUCUAUCUGAUAGGGAUUAAUCAGUUCAAAGCCAUAGACACUUCUGCAAGGAAGAGGUAGAAGAAAGAGAAGAGAGGCAUCGGAAGGUACCAAGUCCGAUCAUGGCCAUGAGGAGGGCGGGGCUCGUUCUGCCGGUGAUCGUGGCGGUGCAGCUGCUCUCGGCUGUGCUCGGCACGGCGCGGCCGUUGGCGGCCGACGGGUGGGCGUUCGCGGCCGGAAGUACCAGCGGCGGGCCGCUGCCGGACGGCGGCGUCUCCGUCAUCGAGGCGAUCCGGCAGCUGUACCUGCAGCAGCUAGGAGGGCCGGGGCCGUCGUGCGAGACGAACAGCCCCAACAACAGGUGCCCGCCGUAGGGCCGGGCCGGACGACACAUCCAGGCCGUGCGUUCGUCACGCGCGCGGCCGCGCUUGUGGCCGUUCCAUUCCGAGCUUUGCGUGGAGGAUCUGAUCUCCGUCGAUCGACGGGCGGACGGAUCAAAAGGAUGAGCAUGGCAUCGGCCGGGGAUCCAAUGGUUGGCCUCGCUCGCUGUUCAUCGCGAUGUGUUGGACCUCAAAGGUUUUUCCAUUGGUGAUCGAUGGUCGGACUUGUUAAUUGAUUUGUUAAUUUCUUGGUAAUUUUUGGCCACGUACGUAUGGUGGUGGGCGGCAAUUUGUACAGGCACAGCAUGUAUGUUUGAGUACAGAAACAGGAAUGUAUAAGUUCGGUUAGAUUUUUUUAAAUGAAUAACAUGAAAGGAUUUUGCUGGAUAACUAGAUUCAAUUUUGACAAAUUUUGGAAGCAACUUUUUUAGAGGAGGAUGCACAAGCGAAGAGAGUUAAACAAUUUUAUCCAGCCAUUUUUGUGUAUUUGGAAAAUAUCUUUUCUUUACAUGAUAUGUAUAUCGCCAGAUCAAAUUCUCAAUUGAAGAUCAUGUUCACUCC